GUCAAGGUCCAGAAAUAUCUUGGGUCAAUAUUCAUAAAGCGGCAAGGAAGGGACCAAAUAUGCAUUUGUCAAAAUUUUCUAUUUCAAGAGGACAAGCCGCCUGUCCUGGAGUUUUCUUAGCCCUAGUGAAGCACGGCUCUCCCCCCCACCUCCUCUUCUCUUUCUUUCUUUGCUGAGUUUCUUGUCUGCCUCAAGCCAUGUCUUCUUCAUCUUCUUCCUUGCUUUCACAAACUCUAAAAAUAGGCAUAGUCGGUUUUGGCACAUUUGGUCAGUUUCUGGCAAAGACACUGAUCAAACAAGGCCAUACCAUAACGGCAACUUCUCGCACCGAUUAUUCCCAGCUCUGUGAUCAACUGGGUAUUUGGUUCUCCAGGGAUGUACUUGCAUUUAUGGAAGCAGAUAACGAUGUGAUACUGAUUUGCACAUCAAUCCUAUCUCUAUCAGAGGUGCUCAAAUCAAUGCCAUUACUUUCUCUUAAACGGCAGACGCUCUUCGUCGACGUGCUUUCAGUCAAAGAACACCCCAGAAACGUUCUAUUGCAAGUUUUGCCACAGGAAAUGGACCUGCUCUGCACCCAUCCCAUGUUUGGACCUGAAAGUGGCAAAAAUGGGUGGAAAGAUCUCGCUUUCAUGUAUGACAAAGUUAGGGUGAGGGAUGAAGCUACGUGCUCGAGUUUCCUACACAUCUUUGAAUCUGAGGGUUGCAGAAUGAUGGAAAUGUCUUGUGAAGAACAUGACAAACUGGCUGCUAGGAGUCAAUUUCUUUCUCACGCUGUCGGCAGGAUUUUGUCAGAAAUGGGAACUGAAACCACAUCAAUAAACACCAAAAGCUUCGAAACACUAGUUAGAUUGAAAGAGAGCACCACCAAGGAUAGUUUCGAUCUAUUCAGCGGAUUAUUCAUCCAUAACAGAUUUGCUCAACAAGAGUUGAUGAAUCUAGAGCAUUCUUUCCAAAUGGUCAAGCAGAAGCUGCUAAAAACAAUGAACGAAGAGCAAAAUCCUAGCAAGUCGAACCAUGGCUUAGACGCUUCCUAACAAAUAUGUUCUAGUAAUUGUCAACUUGGAAAUUUCUUUAUUCCCCUUUUCUAAUCUUUAAAUACAUCCCUAGACUGUCAUAAUAGGCCAAGCUAGCCACAUCCAAAAUCCUGUUUCAAGAAUAGUUGUGUAAGGACAUUGUUUAAGCGGGCAUUUUUCUCAUAA